AUGACCGUCCGCGAAACCUUUUCCAAGUUUCCAUCUUGGAUCCCACAGAAAUCAUGGGUUGUCAUACUGAUGCUCAUGUGUACUGCUUUUAAUACAGGCACGGUCCUUGGGUACGAUGCAUCCAUGAUGAACGCCUUGAAUAUUCUACCUCAAUACACAGAAUACUUUAACUUAACUCCCGCCACGACCGGGCUGAACUCGGGUAUCAUCUGGAUUGGUGCUACUCUUGGGAGUGCAGUAAUUGCCAAACUUCCGGAUCACAUUGGGCGAAGACCAUCGGCCUUUUACUCGGGCCUUAUCGCCAUGGUCGGAGGUAUCCUUACAGCUGCUUCUCAGAAUACGGCCAUGUUCUUGGUUUCCAGAUUUAUCCUUGGUCUAGGUAUCGGAUGUUCUUAUGUGGUGACCCCGGUCUACAUAUCCGAAACACUUCCUCUCGAUAAACGUGCCCUCGGCCUGGGACUGAUCAAUGAUGUGUACUAUGUUGGCGGCCUGGUAUCAGCCGGCAUCACGUAUGGCACUUCAUAUCUGAACUCGACCUGGGCUUGGAGAUUGCCAGCCAUAUUCCAGAUUGUCUUUACCCUCAUUUCUCUUUUGGCACUCCCUUUCGCCCCCGAAUCCCCUCGCUUCUUGGUUUACCAGGGUCGCAAAGACGAGGCACUUCUCGCUCUUGCUCAGAUUUCAUCCAACGGUGACACGUCUGAUGCUGCGGUGAAGCUUCAAUUCAUCCAAGUCUGCGAAUCGCUCGAUUACGAAAAGGAAGCGGAUCAGACCGUAGGCGUCAAGGAGCUGUGGACAAACAAGUCUUAUCGAAAGAGGCUGUUCAUUGCCUUUACCGUUGCCGUCUUCAGCAUGAUGACGGGGAGCAACAUCUUCUCCUAUUACCUCGGCACGGCGCUGACGAAUGCUGGAUUUACAGACUCUACGAUUCAGCUAGAGGUCAAUAUUAUUUUGAACGCCUUUUGUCUCGUCAUCUGCUUAAUCGGCACUUGCAUGGCGGACCGUCUUGGCCGUAAAACCUUGGCCCUCAUCUCCACUGGCCUUUGCACCAUUACUCUAUUCAUCAUUGGAGCCUUGACAAAGUUUUACGGCACCAGCUCCAACAAGAGCGCCAUUUACGCCAAUAUCGCCAUGAUGUUCUUGGCCCAAGGCUUUUACAGCUUUGGCUGGACUCCCAUUCUGCAAAUGUAUGCGCCCGAGCUGAUGAACUACCAGCUCAGAAGCAUUGGCGUGUCUUGGUGCAUCACCUGGCAGAAUGCCAUCAUCCUCGUUCCAAUCUUUGCAUUCCCGAUUGCCAUGGCCAACAUCGGCUGGGUUACCUAUAUUAUGAACGGUGGUUGGAACAUUUUCCAAAUAGUCGUUAUAGCAAUCUAUUGGGUAGAGACCAAGGGGCUAUCCCUGGAGGAAAUAUCUGCUCUUUUCGACGGCGAGGUGCACUCGCAAGUCACCAAUGUCAAGGACAUAAUCAAUGGCGUCUCCGCGGGUAUCGAUGACGAGAAAGUUGUGGCGCAGGUGCAAGCCGAAAUCUUGAAGGAUUAG